AUGAUCAACGGUGGCUCUGGAUCAUCUCUAUUCACCUCAGCCCCAGCCUCUAAGCCCGACAAACCUCCCUCGACCGAGACAACCGAGGCUGUUGAUGACUUGUGGCAGCACAGCAGCGUGGGUCUCAACGUUGACCAGCACCAGCGGUUGAGGUGCCUCCUGGAUGAGAACGUGGACAUCUUUGCCGCCAGUGACAAAGACUGGAGGCUGGUCCAGCACACCAUCGACACCGGCUCUGCUCAACCCAUCUGUCUGCGCCGACACUGGCUGCCCCUCUCGAAUCGGCAGGUCGUGGAGGAAAAGAUCCGUGAGAUGGCUGCGGCUGGGGUGAUUGAGCCGUCUAACAGCCCAUUGGUGACGCCCGUGGUCCUGGUGUCUCUGAGCUGUGAGGAGGACGACAGCUCUGCUGGAUGGACUCUGAGGAGAAACACAAGCAAACAACAGAGGACUCAGUGUGGAGAUGGGUGGGGAAAACAAGCUGGUUCUUCCUGUAACAUCACUUUGAUGGUGCCUCAUGACAGUGGAGUUUACUGGUGUGAGUCCAGAGAGGGUCCCAUCAGUAACAUGGUUAACCUGACAGUCACUGGUGGAUCAGUGAUCCUGCAGAGUCCUGUCCUCCCUGUGAUGGAGGGAGAUGACGUCACUCUGCUCUGUAAAACAAAGACCACUCCCUCCAACCUCCCAGCUGCUUUCUAUAAAGAUGGCUCCCUCAUCAGGAAGCAGCCUACAGGUCACAUGACCAUCCAGCAUGUUUCCAGGUCUGAUGAAGGCCUCUACAAGUGUGACAUCAGCGGUCAUGGAGAGUCUCCAUCC